AUGUCCAGUAGAGUCACAAUACAUCAUGUGAGCAGUGGAGGCACAAUACAUCAUGUGAGCAGUGGAGGCACAAUACAUCAUGUGAGCAGUGGAGUCACAAUACAUCAUGUGAGCAGUGGAGUCACAAUACAUCAUGUGAGCAGUGGAGGCACAAUACCUCAUGUGAGCAGUGGAGGCACAAUACAUCAUGUGAGCAGUGGAGGCACAAUACAUCAUGUGAGCAGUGGAGUCACAAUACAUCAUGUGAGCAGUGGAGGCACAAUACAUCAUGUGAGCAGUGGAGGCACAAUACAUCAUGUGAGCAGUGGAGGCACAAUACCUCAUGUGAGCAGUGGAGGCACAAGGCAUCAUGUGAGCAGUGGAGGCACAAUACUUCAUGUGAGCAGUGGAGGCACAAUACAUCAUGUGAGCAGUGGAGUCACAAUACAUCAUGUGAGCAGUGGAGGCACAAUACAUCAUGUGAGCAGUGGAGGCACAAUACCUCAUGUGAGCAGUGGAGGCACAAGGCAUCAUGUGAGCAGUGGAGGCACAAUACAUCAUGUGAGCAGUGGAGGCACAAUACCUCAUGUGAGCAGUGGAGGCACAAGGCAUCAUGUGAGCAGUGGAGGCACAAUACUUCAUGUGAGCAGUGGAGGCACAAUACCUCAUGUGAGCAGUGGAGGCACAAGGCAUCAUGUGAGCAGUGGAGGCACAAUACCUCAUGUGAGCAGUGGAGGCACAAUACCUCAUGUGAGCAGUGGAGGCACAAGGCAUCAUGUGAGCAGUGGAGGCACAAUACAUCAUGUGAGCAGUGGAGGCACAAUACCUCAUGUGAGCAGUGGAGGCACAAGGCAUCAUGUGAGCAGUGGAGGCACAAGGCAUCAUGUGAGCAGUGGAGGCACAAUAAGUUAUGUGAGCAGUGGAGGCACAAUAAGUCAUGUGAGCAGUGGAGGCACAAUAAGUCAUUGGAGGCACAAGACAUCAUGUGAGCAGUGGAGGCACAAUACAUCAUGUGAUGUAUUGAGCAGUGGAGGCACAAUACAUCAUGUGAGCAGUGGAGGCACAAUACAUCAUGUGAGCAGUGGAGGCACAAGACAUCAUGUGAGCAGUGGAGGCACAAUACAUCAUGUGAGCAGUGGAGGCACAAGGCAUCAUGUGAGCAGUGGAGGCACAAUAAGUUAUUUGAGCAGUGGAGGCACAAGACAUCAUGUGAGCAGUGGAGGCACAAUACAUCAUAUGAGCAGUGGAGGCACAAUACCUCAUGUGAGCAGUGGAGGCACAAUAAGUCAUGUGAGCAGUGGAGGCACAAUACAUUAUGUGAGCAGUGGAGGCACAAUACAUCAUAUGAGCAGUGGAGGCACAAUACCUCAUGUGAGCAGUGGAGGCACAAUACAUCAUAUGAGCAGUGGAGGCACAAUACAUCAUAUGAGCAGUGGAGGCACAAUACAUCAUAUGAGCAGUGGAGGCACAAUACAUCAUAUGAGCAGUGGAGGCACAAUGCAUCAUAUGAGCAGUGAAGGCACAAUACAUCAUAUGAGCAGUGGAGGCACAAUACAUCAUAUGAGCAGUGGAGGCACAAUACAUCAUAUGAGCAGUGGAGGCACAAUACAUCAUAUGAGCAGUGGAGGCACAAUACCUCAUAUGAGCAGUGGAGGCACAAUACAUCAUAUGAGCAGUGGAGGCACAAUGCAUCAUAUGAGCAGUGGAGGCACAAUACCUCAUGUGAGCAGUGGAGGCACAAUACAUCAUAUGAGCAGUGGAGGCACAAUACAUCAUAUGAGCAGUGGAGGCACAAUACAUCAUAUGAGCAGUGGAGGCACAAUGCAUCAUAUGAGCAGUGGAGGCACAAUACCUCAUGUGAGCAGUGGAGGCACAAUACAUCAUAUGAGCAGUGGAGGCACAAUACAUCAUGUGAUGUAUUGA